AAGAUUUGGGGGCGGGAUUGGGAAGCAGAGUAAGUAGAGUUUGUAUGCCGAUGGACAGGUGAUGUUUUUUAAAUGUAGUCAGAGAUAGGGCAUUCAGAUGUCUGAGAGGAGGUUGUUCCAUGGGGUGGUGGUUGUGGUGCUGAAAGCCCUGCCUCCAAGUGUACAGAGUCUGGAUUUUGGGAUGGAGAGCAGGCUAGUAGCUGAAGACUGGAGGUUCCGGGAAAGGGUGUAUAUGUGAAGGAGGUCAGAGAGGUACUGAGGGGCAAGGUCUUGGAGGGCUUGUCCAGGAAUUUGCUGGGUACCCCAGGAUAGGACUCCAUUGAGGUAAUCAAGGUGGGAGGUGAUGAAGGCAUGAAUGGGGGUUUCAGCAAGAGCGUCAGAGAGUGAUGGCUGGAGUCUAGAGACAUUUUUUUAGACGAAAGAAGGUGGAUUUAGUGAUAGAGUUGAUGUGGGAGUGGAAGGAGAGGGUGGAGUCCAUGAUGACACACAGGUUGCAGACCUCAUGGGAUGGGUGGAUGGUGCACCUAUCGACUCCCAGAAGGAGCACCUUGGGGGGCACAACCAUGAGCUCAGUUUUACUGUUUGGAAAAAUUAUUAAGGUUUUGUGCUGAGGUUGAGCUGUGCAUGUGGGUAAUAAAGAGGAGGAGCCCAUGCAUAGAGCCUUGAGGAACACCAUGAUUUAACUUGUUUAUUUUUUAUUUUGUUUAGUUUUUAGACACACGGUACUACAGGAGGAGCUUUUAAGGUUAGUUAGUUAUUGUAAUAAGUCCAAUGACUGUGCAAAAUCUUUUUAUUGACUUGUCAAAAGCUUCUGACGCUGUGGGCCUUUCAAUUAUGAGACUGUGACGACUCAAUACUGGGCAAUCAGGUCAACCUUGCAAUUGGUUUGAAAAUGAUUUUUUAAACAGAUCACAAUGUGUGCAGGCUGAAGGCAUCACCUUAAGAUAUCUUUAUUCACUGCUCUGGUCCACUCCUAAGAUGUGUUUGACUCUGUGAACGACACCUUUUGAAAUCAAACUUGAAUUUUGACACUAACAAACUUAAAGAAAAAGACUUAAAACCAGCCAUCUAUAACUAUACUUCAAGGUGAUGUGAUUGAGUCUGUAUCCUCUUAUAAUACCUGGGAUUCUUGAUCAAUCAUUCCCUGUCCUUUGAGAGUGAUGUCCCUGUAAGCAUUCAUUUGAACAGAAGCUGAGAUUGUGACUGAGCUCUUAUUCAUGAAAUAAGUCAUGUGUGUCAUUUGCUGCAAAUAGACUUGUUGCUGCUUCUUGUGUGCCCAUGGUUGACUACACAUGUCCAGCAUUUCCAGCAUUCAUCAUCUCAGUGCCUACAUUCUCUGGAUACAGGUUACCAUGAAUCACUGAUGCUCAUUACAAAUCUUGUGUCCCUCACUCAUCACUACUCCCUGUAUCCUUGAGUUCCCCGGCUAACUGUAGGCGACUGUCCCUAACUCUAUGGGUCAUUAGUCCUUAGUCUUAGAGGGUUGGUUGCCAUACUGAGCAAAAACAGGGUCAUGAAGAACCCGAGUGUUUAUAUGAUGUUGCUCAAUCAUUUCAGUCUUAAAUCUAACUGUUGAGUCAUCAAAGACUCCAUCACUGGUUGUGGUGUAAGACCUAACAUCUACAAAUCUGCAAGACUGUCUAGUUUGUUCUCUGUGCUGUGGUGGUUAGAUCAUCAAGUGCUUGUUUUAUUGGCUAAAUAUAUAGUUUUAUAUUUUUGCUGAUUACAUACACAAACAGAACUACACAGCAGUGCUCUCUCUCUUCAGUUGAGUAUAGGAGUAUUUUCUAGCUAAACCGUCACCUUUUGAUGUACAUAAGGUAUAAGAGUGGGACAUCUGCUACAAAGAUGUAGCUAUUUUAAAACAGCAAAGCACACUAUUCUUAAGACCUGUUUUACAGAAACAAGAGCUUUGAGAAAGGCACUCUUAUCUCCAUUUGGCUUUCUCACACAGGUGUCCAUUUAUAUGUAGCACUUUGUUUCGGAUAGUAUUGAUUGCUGUCAAACCAACAAAUUACCCAGCCCCAUAAUAGGAUCUGUUUCAGAGCUGUUGUCUCCAAAAGCUUGGCUCAGUCGAUAUCAGUUUUAGCUGUUCCAAGAUAUUUAUUAGAGGCCACAGAUGAUUAAAAGAGCCCUUACAUAAACUCUUGAAGAAUUGUGGUUAUAUAAAUGUGCUUUAAAAAAAAAAUUUCAUAUUAUAGUUGAACAAUCACUUACAAUUUUACUUUAUUAUUCAAUGUUUAAGUGAGUGUGUUUUUCACUCAUUUAUUUCACAUUGCUAGUAUUUUACUACACCAGUUUUUAAAUGUGAUAUUGUAUCAUUAAACCUGCUUUUAGAAGGAAAGACAAUAAGUCUGAUGAGACAUUUCUUUAAACUCAUGAAAAUCUGGGCCAAAACAUGAAAGUCAAUACAUCAUGUUCCCACUGUAGCUUUAAGUAGGCUACCCUGCUUUUCUCGCAUCUGUUCUUGUUUUUCUGAUGAAUUACUUAUCAAUUCCAAAAAACUAGAUUUCCGGGCAAACCACUGAAACAACACAAGACAAAUAGAUGCAUAUGCCAGAGCACAGAGUGUUUGAACAAAAAGGAUUCACUGUCAAUUUUCUUUGACAAUUAGUCUUUAGGUCUCUAAGAAAAUGUAGUGGUGGUAUGAUUUUUUUGAUAGCAGCAAUGACUCAGUGAAACAGGCUGCAUCUUAUUUAUCAUGAUGAAUGAUAAAAAAUUGUGUGUGGCAGUUUUAGAUGGAUCACAUAAAGCUGCACUUUAUUCUGUCUGCAUUCUCUUUAUCAUCUAAUAAACUCCACUGGUUAAAAUGACUGUUUUCAAAACAGAAGUGACAACACUAAAUAAACUGACAAGUGUUGUUUGUUAUUCCAGAUGAUUUUGGGGCAAACUCUUUAAGGACAUGAACUAUUUUCCUCAUUUGUCACUGUAACCUGAGCAACUACAGCUUCUCGAGGGGGAUAGAUUUGCUGGGGGCAGUAAUCUUGUCAGAAGGAGCUGGGAAAUGGGGAAUGAGUCUUUUUAUAGACACCCUCUGAGCUGGUAUUACUGCGUUCAUUUUUAAUGUUUUCAUUUCUUGUCAAGUCUUCUUUUGCUGAAAAACUGAAAAAUAUAUCUUUAGGCUUUGUGGGAAUUAGCUAUUUACCCUGAAAACUAAAGCUGUCAGUGUUCAUGUGUUCAUUGUGAUUAAGGUCUCAAAUGACAACAGAUUUUAAUCAGGUGUGACACUGAAGUGUUGUUCUCCCAAAAUUCUAAAGAUGCAUAAAAUUAUUGGAAUUCACAGAUCAUUUUUGUUUGAAGUGCGCCUGUGGUUAUGUGAAGUGGAAUCCUGACAGGGUGAGACCAGGUCUUGCUGCCCCUUAAGACACCCUAUUUCAUAAUCACUGGCUAAGUGCUGGCUAAGUUAUUUUGCUACCACUCAGCUUCCAUCUAAAUCAAGUAGUCCAAGUAACUGGUUCAAAGAUCUUUUAUUGAGUUGAAACUGAUUAUUUACCUAUACAACUCAAAAAGUUUAGUUCUGAUGGUUGUCUUUUUUUUUUGCAGUACAAAUUAUUUAUUCAUUGUUUUAAGGGUGGGGGUGUUACGGCUGUGUGUUUGUUUUGUGUGUGUUUUUCCCCUUUUGUCUCUCCAUAGCUGCCCAGGUGAAAUCACUGAGUGCUAAUCAGACUCACCUGGUGCUGGGCCUUUAAAGACUGAGAGCUGCCUGCAGUCUGGAGAGGCAUUUGGUAGGAAAGUGCUGCCCUGCUGCCUCUCAUUUGUGUUUAGUUUGUAAUUUAGUUAUGUUGUCACAAUAAAUCACUUGUUAAACUCUUGAAGGUGUUUUGUUAAUUUGAUGGGUCGAAAGAUGAGGAUAGUUGUUAGCAGCAUAGGGCCGCCUUCGGGUGGGGCGUAACAAAUGGGGGCUCAUCCAGGAUCGAAACAUCCAUGAGUUUUUUUUUUAAGUUGUUUUUUUUUUCCUUUCGUAACUAGUGACCAUAGUUUGGGUCAUAGUUAGUCUUCUGUUUCUGUCACUAUCAUUAGUAGUUGCUUUUAUUUGUAACUUCUGAGCACCCUGAUUAUUUAGUCGCCGGGCAGGGAAGAGCUUGCCACUUUUUUAUUUUGCCUUUUUUAUUUUUGGUGGUAAUCCUGAGGAGGGGGCACACUUAGGUGAUGCCUCGAGCUCAGCAGGCCACUGAAGACUAGCUAGGUAAGUCAGACAUCUUGUUAAGCAGGUAGGGGUCGGGGUGACUCAUUUUGCUCUGAAAUUGUUUUGUACUAUAGUACUGUUUUUGUGUGUGUUUCAGAAGGCUACCCAUUCUUGCUUGGUAACUCUGUGUGAUAACAAUUAGGAUUUUGUGUGCGCAGUAACUUGUGUUGUGUGACCAUUUGUUGGCGGUAACUGCUCUCCACAUUUGGUGGGUCAGGUGUGAGUUGCAUCUUGGGUGUAAGGUGGCAACAGUUGUGUAGUGGUGACUACUGUGUGAUAGGCCUGCACGAUAUAUCGUUUGAGCAUCGUCAUCGCGAUGUAGGUGUGCACGAUAGUCACAUCGCAGAGCCUGCGAUGUCGGAGCCCAAUGAACUCAGUUAAUUUCAAGGGUAACUGACUGAGAUACACUGCACGUGACUCUGCAUGUGCUUUGCAGCGAUCCAUCAAUCACCUUCGUUCUUUACUCAGUUGCCAAUCAGACUCAGUUCUCAGUUGCCAAUCAGACUACCCUGCCAGCUGUCAAUCAAACUCAGAGAGGAGGAAACCCACCCCUGCACAUGUUCUGCACAUGGAGGGAGGCGCUACCAGAGUUGAGCCGAGAAAUGGGUGUCCACAGAGUAUUACUCUCGGAACAUUACUCAUCACUGUUUAGCCCCACAAAUAAGAACUGUAUGGGUUUUAAAAUGUACAUUUCCGUGGACCACUCUACUAUAAGCAGUGCGCGUUUUGUGAGGUGCAUGCAAUUCUCGGAGGACAUGCGUUUCUCAGCACAACACCGCUAACAACAACAACAACGAUCGCAAACUGAGCAACAAACAGAGAAAACCACCUUAGAUGAAGACUUGUUGCCAAAAAGAAAAGGAAAGUCAGUUAUCUGGAAUUAUUUCGGUUAAAAGAAGGAUGAUGUUGACCUGUGUUCACCUGUUGCCACAAUAGUGUCCCAGCACAACAAAAGCUAAAAAUAUCUCUGAGACAGACAGAAGCCAUUCUACUAACAUUCACAAAAAGAGGUAAGAACAGCGCAGGUUAACUGUCCUCAAGAUUUCAGCAGCGCAGCAUAACAUAAAGUGCUAUUCAGGUCAUCUGGUGAAAAUUCCUCUAUUUUUUAAUACCGCAUUUAUAUAUCGCAGGGUUGAAAAAAUCGCAAUGUUAGUUUUUUCCAAUAUCGUGCAGCCUUAGUACACAUUUUGUUUAUAUAUAAUGGAUUGAUUUCAAGAAAUAGAUAAGAGUGUAAAAAGUGUGACAACAAGCCCCGGUCUCCCCUACAUAAUCGGCGUCUUAGAUUAUGACCGCGUGCGGGUGGCCCAAAGCCAAAGUAAAUUGGGAAAUUGAGUUUUUUAGGACCAUGAGGCGCACGCGGCUGAGCCCCCUGUAGAGAGGGGCAUGGAUGGGAGAGCGGUGUAGUGUUGUAGCGUCGUCUCCUCGCGCUGAUCCCAGUGAUGCUGCUGCUCUGGUGUUGCAUGCUGAAGAAGACUCUGGACUCCUUUAUGAGUGAGUGAGCUCCGGUCCCUGGACGAUGACGGCUCGUUGUGCGGUGGGAAACGUGGAGGAAUAAAGAUGAAGAUCAGAGUGGUAAGUAUGAGUGAGACCUGCUGAAAAUAUGUCAAACUGAAAUCAACCCCAGUAUGGAUCUUCAGUCUGUUUUUUUUCUGCAGCUCAGAAGUGCCACGCUCUGCUGUGACCUAAUUGCACUUUGUGAUAUUUUGUUUUUUUUUAAGCCUAUUAACAUCAGAGUAAUAUUUUGCAAUGGAGAAACUAACAAUGAAACACGCUUGAAUUCAGCAGCCUGGUGCUAUUUUUAUGCCUCUCAUUCCCACAUGUUGCCCUACUAAUGUUGAGCACGUUUGAGUGGCACAGCUGACAUUUUAUCUCCAGCCUUGUAAAAAGAAUGAGCAGCUGCUAUUUAUGCAUCAAUCUGUUUUAUAUCUGGCAUUUUAAUUAGCACCAAUAACUUGACCAUAGAUGUAGGCGACCCUAUAAUCUAAACCAAGACCCUCCCUCUGGCUUGAUGCUGCUGUUAAGCUCUCUGAAACUUUAUUAUUAUCAUUAUUUUUUGUCUUUUCAGUGCCAAGGCAUCAGUGGCAUCAUCAUCAUUACCAUGGUUACCAGUAUUAUGUUGGUGUACAACAGCAGCUCCAGGGACAGAUCUUUCCCAUCUGUGUUGUCAUCGUUGUCCCAACAUUCAGAUGGUCCUGUUUCAUCUCCAAAACCACAGAGUCCUUCAACACUGGAGGGGUACACAGGUGUCAUGGAUCGCAAGGUAAACAUACGCCAUCUGUGCUUCCAGACACAAUCUGUCUCCCUCUGCCUUUUUAGAAACAAUGGUGCUGAUACUGGUUUGUCAUUCAGGUUAUUUUUUGUGUAGUAGACUAAAAUAAAAUGGUGAAUAGUGACAAGGAGUAAUUUACAUUAACUGUCUUUGCUAAGAACUCCCAAAGUAGGGAUGGAAAUCUCUUAUGAUAAGAUAUGCUACCCUGUGCACAUCAUCUCCCUCAAAACGAGAAGUGAAGCCAAAAUACCAAAUCCAUGACACUGGGCUGGUAGAGCUAAGGCAUUGAUCGAAAAAAUCUUGUUGGUGGAGCCACUGGACUGAAACCACACAAUUUCUUCUCAAGAAAAAUUAUGAAUCAAUCAUCAAUCAUCGGCUUUACCUUUUAAGUAACUUUGAUAAGAGGAACGCUUAACUUCUGUUAAAUAAUUCCAUUUAAUUUCUUCAAUGUUGUCAUUUUGAAUUCUUUGACUUCACUGGGGUAAUGCAGCACUAUGGCAUGCAGACAUUUGCACUAAGAUGGGGAUCAUAGUGAUUGUCCAGGAACUGUACUAUGGAGAGCUCUUUAUGGGCGUUAAAAGUCUGAUGAUCUGAAUCACUAAGGUCACUCUGACAUCACUUGAAUCUACAGUGUUUACCUGAGAAAGAAGAAGGAUACACUCCCUUCUCUGGAAAGAUGGAUCAUAGAGAACUUGAGCAAGAGCAUACAGCCUUUGUAGAAGUAUUGUUAUCCACAAAUCUUUAUUGAUAUGUUUGGAUAAAUCUUUGACUGAGCUUGGAUUGUGGGGACCCUUUCUGUAGCAGCAGGAGGGGGACAGAACAUCAUCAGGUUUUCUACAGGUUUUGAUGUUUAUCUUAAUAUUUUCUCUUACUUUUGAGCAGAAAUAAUGUAUAAACAGUGUUUGUUAAGAGCUAACAGAAUUUCAUUUUGGAUUAACGGUGCCAAUCUCCGGUUAUCACAUUUUCUCUCACUAUUACUCUGCUACUGUGCUAAUCCUGAGAGGCAGGUUUAGCAGGACCCUACAAUUGUCAACAGGGCUGUAAACUAAUGAACCUCUCCAAACAGUGAACUGUUGCACAUUAGUCAGGGUGGCAACAACUAACUAAAAUGACACAAUUUAUGAGUAAAUUGAUUUGAAUUUCAAUUUUUUAGUUUGAACCAUAGGACAUCUGUUAUAAUAGAGGGUGGGGGGUUGAUGGCCUGUACAGCAGUUAUCACAAAGUCAUGGCUUUAGAGUAGGGUUGAAUAUCAUCACGCCUCAGUGUUAGUCACAUGACUUGAAUGAAGUCAUGCUGUUACCAAUUCCCUGUUAUCCUGGAUUAGUCUCUGAUUAGAGUCUACCUGAAACCACUUCAAUGCAGCCUCUCACUUGAACAUUAAGAAACCUAACUGCUGCACAGGUCAGUAUUUGUGUGUCACAUGACUGUAGAAUGUAAACAUGCCCAUAAGUUGCAACACUAUUACUGUGACAGAUACCUGUAAAAAGAGGUUUGAGGGCAGUUUUGUUUUAACAUCUAUACCUGCAGUACAUAGUGAUGUGAAAAUCAUGAUUAGAUUAAACAUAAUUUUUAGCAUAAACAGAAAUGACUGAUUACGUGUAAGUGAGUUGAUUGUGUUCAUGAGUACAAUUUAUGUAGUGGCAUGUUGUUCUGCCUUCCUCUUCCUUGAUCCUAUGCUUCACCAUGACCCACUGUCAGAGAGCUUUACACAGUAUGGUAUGAAUAGGAGGGUGAGAGUAAAAGAAAGACCGAAGGAUCCAAAUUGAUAACAAUGAAACUGUGAUAAUGAGGAUUUUAAUAGUUUGUAUUUAUCUGGCAUAUUUUUUAUAUGGCAAUAUAUAAGACAGCAAGGAAAAAACAUUGAAGUAGUAUUUUUUUUUUUCAGUAUUCUGAAGCCCUUCUUUUGGGCUCUUUAUAUACUGUUUAAAUCAUACCACUAUAAAGGGAUUCAAGGAUUCUUGGUUAUUUGCAAGACAAUCACGUGGUAUUCUCCAUAACUGAACAAUGUAAUAACAACCUAUACAUGUAUUUAUCUUUUUAAAUUUUCUAUUUAAGCCCUGAUUCAGUAAAAACUACAGAAAGCUUCAUAAUGUUUUAAUGAGUGUUUGACAUAUCUGGCUCUGUAUGCCGAUUUCAUCACUGCAUUUCUCAUGUGACGUUCAACAUGACUCUCCUGCUUCCCAUUGUUUUUGUGCAUAUUUGUGACAACACACCUGGACUGUCAAAACAUCCUGUUGCACUUGAGUACCUAACAAGCUUAACCUAAUAAGUAUUCUGAUGCCAUACACACAAUGCAGAGAGAUUUUAAUAUAUUGAGUUUGUCAAACAAACUGUAUGGAGGUGAGUAAGUGUUUUGUAUACAUUGCACUGUGUCUAGAGAUGACUAUUAAGUCCUCUUAAGGUAAUUAACUGCAAUUUUACCUUGCCUCCAUGGUUAAUAAUGAUCAAUGUUAGGCUCAAAAUUGCUGUGAAGGCAUCCUCUUGGACCUUUGCACUGUUUAUCCCAAUCCUUAAUUCAUAAUUAAUGCAUAAACCAUGAAAUAUUUAGUGACAAAAGCACUUAAAACAGGGUGCAUUCCUACCAGAGCAGCUACUUGAGACAACACAGCAGUAAUCUUUCAGUCUUAUAAGCCCUUCGGCUUUUGUUUUCACACAGCACAGGCCUUUUGUUCAGACCCUGCUCAGUGCUAUAGACGGCUCAUUCAGAUCAAAAGAUCAUCCAGACAGCAUGGUGUCCUCCCUCAGUGAGAAAUAUAUGCAGCGAGAGCAGAGAAAACAUCGGAAGCACUGGGCAGGAGAGGAUUUGGAGGGAAAAAAUGUUGGUUACAGUUUGCCUGUCAGUGAUUUAUGAUCAGUGACUUAAAGUGUGAGUUUGGGGAGAGGUUUGAUCCAGCUGGAUUUGUUCCUGUUUUCUGACGUGCCAAAAAUUUUAUGUCCAGGUAUCCCUGAGAUGUUGUACUAUCAAAUUCCUUUUAAGUAAAUUAAAAAGAAACAUUAAUCUACAGAGAAUGAGAGAAAGCCUCUUUAAUUUAUAUUUCCUACAGUAGAGCCGCAUUAUUAUUCAGUCCUGGCCGUUCACCUUUUCCUGGCUGACAGCUAAUUCGUGAUGUAUCCUCUCUGCGAAAUCCUCAAACUGCUUAGUGUCACUCCCCCCUCUUCUCCCACUGGGGCUGCUGCUGCUUCUACACCCUCACACAGAGCUGAGGGAAUGACUAACCAGAGGGGACCUGCUGUUAGAUCAGUGCAGUAGGCGGAUAUGUCCAUACUGUCUCCUUCAGGGUCAUCUGAGGUCUGCUGCUGGAGAGAAUCUUAGCUCGGGUACACACACAUAUAGAAAACCCCACGCAAAAAUGCCCAGACAGGAUGUAAAAGUUUAAUGCCCUCAUCAGAGAAGUGAGUGGAGCUCUGUCUAAUGUGUCUGCCAGACCCUGGUUUAUGACCUAUAUUGGCUCAUGAGCAUGUCUCUGAUGCAUGGAUUAUGCCUGCGCUUGUUUCAUCAUGAGGUUGCAAUGUAGCCAUCAUUGCACAUUUAGACCUUGUUGACUAAUUCGUAGGUUGAAAAUGUAAUUUCUUUGUGUUUUGUGGCAGAUGAGGACUAAAAAACAAGGUUGAAAUCCAUCAAACUUACAAACUAUAAGAUUAGACUUUAAAGCUACUGCAAAUUCCUUGCAUGUUAGAUAUUUUGAGCUACUGGCAGUCAUCAUAUUUCCCCUCUUUGCCCUCUUCAGCGUCUGCAGGUUUCUGCGAGAUGUGCUCCUCAAGUACGCGUUUCUCAUUUGUUGACAAGCUACAGUAAUUAGCUGCACUCUUUCGAAUCCGCACACCCACGUUUGCAUCCGAACACCUUGACACACAGUAACUCCGGUCUAUCUCUGUGCUGCUCAUCCUCUUUCUCUCUCUGUUGCUUUAGCGAUCCAAGUUAAAGAGAUGCUGACCUUUUUGAAGAACCACCAGUGGAAUCAAUCUACAUUGGCCUUUAUGUGCAAAACAUGUGCAAGAGCAUGAAUGUGGAUCAUGAGGCUUCACCAGUUCAUGAUGUACCUGCUCAUUAUGGGAAAUAGCUUCAGCGCUCUUGCAGCCUAUAAUGCAGUCAGCCCUGAAGAAAUGCGGGUCAUGAAGAGCUUUUAGAUAUGCGAAUAAUUCUCAUGAGUAUAUACCCCCUGUUAUAGCAUACAGUUUAAGCUCUUAUACUGGAGGUAUGAGAAGAAUUCCUAAUUGAUGACUUAUGGAUAUAUCUUCACUCAUAGUGAGUGUAAAAUCCUGGCAUAAUAGAUUUUAACGCAAAAUUUUACAAUCAUAAGAGACGCAAAUUUCUCACCUGAUAUGAUCUGUGUUUGGAAUAAUGAAACCCAAUCCAUGGGUCUUUGAUUUACGCUCAGUAAAAAUCAUUCCUGUUGUUUCUAUUGUGCCCUUUUUCAAAUAGAUGUCUUUUUGCUAACAAGGCUAAGUCUUCAAGAUACAGCUCCUGUGUCUGCUCUCCGUGCUCAACAUAAAAGUGCAGAAGAAAAAGAACAGUCUCCUUGAUCAGCUCGCCCACACUCCCUGAAAUUGAGAACAGAGUUAGUUUGGGAUUUGGACCUGAAUGUGUGCCACACAAGCCACUUAAUGAGGUGUCAACUAUCUGGAGGAUGACUGCUGAAUUAAUUUGAGUCAGAGAAAAGAAAGACAUCCUGAUCAUUAAACUCUUACACACCACGACAGGUGACAACCCACCCCCGCUCUCAUUCGAGCCAUUAUGCAAUCAUCUAUAUUUAACGCAUAAUUUUAACAAACAGGUUGAUAGCAACCCAGCAGCUUUAGAUCAGAAGAAGUUUAUUGGAGUUUUGAUUUGAAUGAUUCAUUUCUUUCAUAGGAUGUUGCACUGCAGUGAUUUUGAAGUUGUAUUGACAAACCUCAGAGAUAACUUCAAUCUGUUAUUAUCCUUGAAUCUACAAUCGACAUUGACACUGAGGCAUUUCCUUUCAUUUAUUAUCAAUGACUCUCCUAUUACCCCUAAAUAGUUCAGUCGUGCCCAGGCUAUUAUCUCUGUAGGUUUGUUCUCGCUGCGCGUCUUAACUGAAAGGGAGCAGAGGGCAGAGGCUUCUGGAUUGGCAGCACAGUAAAGUCUCUGGAGCAAUAUUACAGACUGACUGAUGGGGUUUGCUCUGAAAGCAAUUAUGAUCCUGGGUCCUCCUGGGAACUAUAAACAGGAUCAUACUGAUGAGACUGGAGUCAGUGUGUGGGCUGUAAUAGACUGAGACUGGAACCAAAGCUGCCCUCCUCGUUGUUUCUUGUGCGACUGCUGCUCUGUCUCUAGGUAGAGGGAGUCUGUGUUGAGUCUGAAUAUAUGCGAGUGAUUCAUCAAGCUCACACAAGCUGGCAUAAAAACAUGUUCAACUUUGCUGAAUAACAUCCUAAUUUAGAAUAGAUUUUGUGCCCUGAAAAAGACGACUUGAAACCCACUCUCCAUUUUUGGGCGAUUACAGCGGUAGAUUAAAAAUGGAAAAUGUUAAUACAUGAAAAAUAAUACAUUUUAAUAAUAAAGAGAUUACAAAAAAUCUGUGUAGUCAAAGAAAAACUUGAAGGAAUAACCUGAAAAUUAAAAUAAAAUGUGGAUGGUAUAAACUUUGACUAAUCUCAUUCUACAUUUUAAAAGUCAGACACAAACUUAACUGUACAUCUUUUUGGUUAAAAAUUAAACGAAAACUUUUGGCUGUUUGUUGCAAGAUCUCAAACCCAGUGACACUCGUGACAGACAUAAAAACUUAGAAAUAUCAAACGUACUUCCUGAUGGUGGUGAUUUCUGACUUAUAAUUAGCUGAAACUCCUCUCAUUGUUGCUUUAUACGACCUAAAUAAAGCAACUUCUCUGGAUUUGAAACUAAAGAUUUAUUUAAAAGAUUUGCCUCAAUCAUUGAGUGGUAAUAUAUCAAUAAAACAUAAAUCCAUGACUCCUUUAUUGUGAAUAUCAUAGUAUAUCUGUCAAAUGUAAUAUAAAAUUUGAAUACAUUCAUUAUAACACUGGGAAGAGUUUCCAAGCUCUCGGUCCAGGAUUGUGUUUCAGUAUCCACUCGCUCUGCCCAGUUUGAAAGGUUCAUCUGCAGGGUACAUCUAAUGAAUGACUGAGGGUAAGAUUAAAUGUUGAAAGUUGAAAUUGACUUCAAGUACAACAAAGUGAGUAAAGAGGAAAGAAAUGCAUAGAUAAUAUCUCCGUCAGCCCAGAUGGGAGAAAGAACACCUGAUGUUAAAGAUUUAUUGCAAAGUUUUCCAGAGGCAAUAAAAUGUACAGUGUAUUGUUUAAAUCCUAGAUAAUUUUAUUCCUUUCAAGUGAAAGUCUUUAUGAAUAAUAGCUGAGCCUCUGGACUGAGAUAUUAAUAUAACAUGAAACAUUUCCAUACCCUCUAAUUAUGAACUCUGUUAUUAUCUUUAUUAUAAAGAUGUGUUUUCUGCAGAAAUGCUCUGCCUACAUGAAGCAGUUGAAGAUAAAAACUGGCUCCAGUAAAUAACAUAAUAUUUGGUUUUAUAGAAUAGGAAAAUGAUUAAAUAUGAGUAAAAAUGUUGGUGAUCAUUAACGACAGUAGAACCAGAAACAUUGGGUGUUAAAUAAACUGAGUUUUUCUCACAGUAACAAAACAACCUUUGUCACACAUGGAUUAUUAAACACCUCUUUAGAGCAACUCAGAUUUUGUUUCCUGUCUCCUGUAGGACAGCACUUGCCCGUACCAUUAACAUUUUCAUAUAUCCUCAUGUCGAACACAUAUUACUCUUAAAAGAUCCUGAUAUUCACUGAAAGUACAUGAAACCUCACAAAUAUAUAACAUAACGCUUUAAAUAUGAAAAACUUCAGGUUUUAAUAAAUAUGGACAGUGUUUUGUAUGUAUCACACCAGAGUCCACUGAGUAGCGUCCUUGACUUAAACGUUUCACCUCUAAAGCGCAUCUGUGUUGGAAAGUGUACUGCUGACCAAGUUAUGCAUUAUUGAUAAAGGCAGACAAGCCUCUGUCCUCAUGAUGAAGUGCAGACUGAGUGUGUGUGGGAGGCUGCAAGUGUUCAAGGGCUAAUUGGAUCACAAAUAAAAAGGACCACUGUGUUCAUUAAAGUCUUAUUAUGCAUCAAAAUGUUUUUUAAGAGGCAGUAUAUUGCACUAAUAUUUAUUCAUGCAUUUAACAGUCUGUGGGUUGUAUCUUCAGGCUGACCAUUAUCUUAAACGUUGCCCAACUGAAGCUGAAAGCCCCACUAAAUGACAGCAUGGUCCUCAAGUGGCUACUUCCCAACAUCAUCAAGCUGUCAGAAGCUGGAGGGUGCUGGCACUGGAGCUUUAGUAUCACUGUCAAGGACACUAUUAUUUCAUGAAUACUUUAAAGCAUGAUACCGCCAGUGCAACCUUCAAUCGCCUUUUACCGGUUUAACACAUUCGCCGACUUUUGAAGUGAUUAAAAGUUGCACGGGAGAAACCAUAAGGACAGAGCUAAGAGGCGAAUGCACUUUAUCUGUUGUUUGUAGAAGAAGAAACAGCUUAAAGGACUGUUGAUUUUUUUUUCCAGCAAAGAUGUGGAAGGUGUGCUUGUGCAGUGAAGGGUGUAAUUUGCUCUAGUCUACCUCUUAUAGAGAAGGGGUCUGAGGAUAGAGAGGGCAAACACUCGCCAGUAGGAGUUGGUUUGUUUUGAAACGUUCGUUGGGGAAUUGGAAAUCCUGUUACUCAGUGCCAAAAUAUUUGAAUUGUGUCUUCCUGUGUGUGUGUGUCUGUGUGUCUGUGUACUUUUAAAUCUGUCUAACAGGGAACUUAGUUGCUGUUCUGUGUUCGUCAAGUGGGACCAGGGAAAAUUUUUUAAGGUUCCAUUUUAAUCAUGCUUCAAGUCAAGCUAAAUCAUGUAAAACAAUGACAUUUCUUCAAAAUUUGCUAAGAAGGGACUCGCAGGUACAUAUGUGUGUUUAAAACCAUGCUAGGCGUCCUUAUGCAGGAGGAACAGGAGUUUCGAACACCCAUUCACAUGUCACUUUUUCACUGAUUUAAGACCUGAAAGGUUGUCUUUCUGUCCAAUUUUAAUAGCUUUUAAAAGAGACUGCGCACUUGAUCAAUGUAAAAUGUUAGUCCACUGCGCGCGCGCGCGUGUGUGUGUGUGUGUGUACUUCUAAAUCUGUCUAACAGGGAACUUAGUUACUGUUCUGUGUUCGUCAAGUGGGGCCAGGGGACAUUUUUUUAAGGUUCCAUUUCUAUCAUUCUUCAAGUCAAGCUAAAUUAUGUAAAACUAUGGUAUUUCUAGAAUAUUUGCUAAAAAGGGACUCGCAGGUACAUAUGUGUGUUUGAAACCGUGCUCGGCAGUCCCUCUGCAGGAGGAACAGGAGUUUCGAAGACCGGUUCACGUGUCAGUUUUCUUUGUUUUUAGACCUAAAAGGUAAUCUGUCUAUCCAAUUUUAACAGCUUUUAAAAGAGACUGCACACUUGGUCAGUGUAAAAUGAUAGUCCACUGCAUGUGGGAGUGUGUGUGUGUGUUUGUGUAUAGAGGGGAUUACAACUAAUUUAGAAUUUUGACACUUCUAGGACAGUUGCAGAAUUUACCAUAGAAACAUGAUUGCAUUAUAUUUGUGGGGGCACAUCAAACCCAACACAAAAGUUCACAGACACCCACAGACUCUUCCUGUACACAUCCAUAUGGGUGCAGUGCCACACAUACACACACAGCAAUCAUUCAAUGUGGGGUCAGAGAUAGUGGGAGAGUAUUAUAAAUAUAGUGGUGGGAGCAGCACGGCCUCUGGCGCUGGUAAUUUCACCUGCAUGUCGGCACACACAUACACACACUCAUACAGACAAACACACACAUUCCCACCUCUGAACCUGAUGGAGUGUGAAGCUCAGAGCGCAGUUCAGAAUGCCAAUGUAGCUCUCUAUUAAGGCUGGGAAUAAUUCAUGUGAAGGGUCUCUGGGUUCUUGCUGUCGGAUCAUUCAAUCCGAGCUCCCCUUUUUCUACACUGAAAACCUGAUGGGAACAACAACAUGGCCAAAGGAAGUGCAAACCAGUGCAACUGCCCUGCAAUACAUUCUACUUUUUGAAAGCUGUGGUACAUGAAUGAUACAUGGACUGGAUUUUGUAUCGAGAGGAUAUGUGGGGACAUAUAUGUGUGUAUGUCAUAUGGUAGAAAACAUUAAUCCAAGUCUUAGUGUGACUGAAUUUAUUCACAGGUUUGUGUUUCCAUCCUGAUAUAGAAUAGCCUCUAUUACUGCCAGCCACGAUAAUCUGCGGCGCAUUUGAAUAAUGGGAUAUGGGACAUAGCAGACCAUCACCUUUCUGGCUGCUUAAAUUUGACUAAUUGUGAUUCAGGAGAUGCUUUGUCAAAAGACAGGAAGGUUUCUUUUUUUAUGUAAGAUACUCAGCACAAGAUAAUUGAGCAGAAAAAGUCAGCAGUAGCCUGGUUUGAAGGCUUUAAAUAUUAUCUUGUCAGAUUUUCUUUUUGUGUGAGGUGUGUUAAGAGCAACUGUACUGUCCCCUUACUGCUUGGAAGAAAAUUGGAGCCACAGUGAUUUGGGAAAAUAAAUAUUAAAGUAGUUUUUCUGUCUUUAAAGUGGGGUUGUAAGAAGUUUUUUUUUGUCAGUGGUAAGACAGGUGAUGCCAGUCAGCUCACCCAGUUUGUUACAGACCAGCUGGAGAACCAAGGUAACCAAACAUGCUGGACAUGGGAUAUAUUUUACAUAGAUGAGCUGACAGCUGCUGUUUGUGUUAGCUCCAGUUAUCUUUGCUAUGCUGUUGUUGUUUGAGGUCACUUUUUAAAAAGUGAAUACAAAGUUUAAAAUAUGACACUUUGAAUAAACUUCAACCUAAACACUAAUGUCCAAGCUCCAGAGACUCAGCAGCACUAUUAUUAAGAAUCUAUUAGCUAUUGUUAGCACAUGUAGCGGCGUCGUACUUUCUCUCUUUGUGUUGUAUAUUUCAAAGAAGACGACCAUCACAGUUGGCACUCUUGCCGUUUAUUUCUUUUACAUCUGGCAGAAGAACAAUAGCACAGUUCAGUCACUUCUGGUUCUCUCACCCACACACACAUACACGUCUGAGAAUAGUAAAAUGAACAGAAAGGUUAGCUAACCAUGUGCAGCGUUAGCUACUUUAUAACCAAAAAUACAAGUAAAACACUGUCAACUCUUUAUAAAAAAAGGACGUGCUCGACUGUUCGUGAGCUAUACAUUUAACUAGAGACAACUUAAACCAUCCCUUUUUAUUAAAACUAAAGUAAUUAACAUAAACAAUGGCGGAGCUCAUGAGGUCCAACUGCUACUACCCCCCAGGAUGCACGACCAUAAUCCACCGGGGUGCUGCAUUUAAUUGCCAUCAGACAAAUGAGUUUUAGUGUUGUGUGAUGAGUUUUUAUGGCAAGUCGGAUCACCUACUUCUUAACUCUGUUACACACACUUGUGGUAAACAUGACAAAAUUGACUCUUGCUUUAAUUAGUCUUUUAGUUUUGCUUUUGUCAGUGUGUAGCUUGCAGGUUGUAGACACUGCCAACUUAAAGUCUCUGUAAUUACAGGACGUAGCGGCAACGAAAUCAUCCCCUGUUUCUGAAGGGGAGUUUUGAAGCCAAUCGGUGGCGGCAGUCACUAUAAUGGUACCGAACAUUUAGUCAGCCUACCAGAGACGGGCCUUUAGCCUCCUAACAAAUGGUUACAGUAUGCCUGCCUAUCCGUGCCUCUGAUUUGUUUAACUUGUAUCCUGACUUACAAAAAAUUAAUUCCCCGUAUCACAUGGUAAGCCGGAGCUGCUCAGACCAAAACCGUUUUCUUUAAUCAAGCUGUAAACAUGUUUAAUUUUGCACCAAAGUCUGGCUUUUUGGUUGAAUGUGUACUUGGUUUCCGGUGCUUCUGCAGCCAGCCUCUAUCAGGCAAGUUUUUAUUAAUUAAAUAAAAGGAAAUUAUUCUUUGUACUGCAACUCUUUUGUUCCCUGGAUAAAACUUCAUAUUUGACCCCAACCUCUAAUUUUUCCAGCACCUGAAGAUGCAUUGCAGGACCUGUGCCCUGGUGACCAGCUCCGGCCAGCUCACUGGGAGCAAGAAAGGAGAAAAAAUCGACCGCUCUGAGUGUGUGAUCCGUAUGAACGAUGCACCGAACAUAGGCUAUCAGCACGACGUUGGCCGCCGCACAAGCCUGCGUGUCAUAGCUCACUCCAGCCUUCAGAGGGUUCUGCGGAGCCGGCAGCAACUGCUCAACGCCAGCCAGGACACAGUGUUCAUCUUCUGGGGACCUAACAGCUGCAUGAGACGGGAUGGAAAAGGGCAUGUUUAUAACAAUCUCAGACUUUUAAACCAGCUGCUGCCCAAAUUGAAAAUCUACAUCAUCUCUAGGUUAAAAAUGCUGAAGUUUGAUGAGCUCUUUAAAAAGGAAACAGGGAUUGAUAGGUAAGUGUCAACAUAAUUAAUCCUAUUGUUUGUUUUUUGGGUGACUUAACUGGGACGAACAGCCACCUCUGCAAAUGAAAGACAAACACAAGACAGUCCUUAGCUUAUGCCUCACAAUUAAAAAAACAAAGCCAUCUCCAUUUCCUGCAUUAUAAGCAGGACUUAGAUGAAACAUUAGGGUUUCGAUUUGAUCUGAGAUGACUAAUAAAAUGGCUUAAGAGAAGAAAUGCCAAGUGUCUUUUAGUGCAGUCACGCAAUGUAGUGAGACAUUUGAAUAUCAAUUAGAGACACAUUUUACCAGUGUGAGAUUAAGAGUCUGGUUUCCCAGUAUUUAGAAACAAACAGAAAUUGACUCAUAAAACAGUACUGAUACAGUCCUCAACAUGAGGCCAAUUCACGUCUUUUUAUACUUGAAAUGAAAAGAACAUGUCACAGCUUCAUCUCUCUAUUUAAAUAUGGCUAAGGUAUAAAAAUGUCUGGCUGAAUAUGAAUGCACAAAAUGAAAUCACAAUAGGAUAAUGUGACAUUUUGUCUGCAUCAAUCCAGCCAUUCAUAAACUCAUUUGCAUGUGAACAGUUAGCCCACAGGAUAAUAAGAGGACACUGCAUCUGAAGGGAAAAUCCAAUUACUUCAGCCUUCAUGUAAAACAAUGAAUGUCUUACUCACUGAUAUUUCCUUUUUGUUGUGUAGAAAUCAUGGAAACAAAACAGACUUUCAAUUUCUCUGUGUUUACCUCAACAAGGAUAAUCAAGUGUAAUCAUGAAUUAUGGACUCACGGUCUUUAAACAUUCUUUAAAAAAAGAAGAAGAAAGAAAUCAGUACAGGGAAGUAAAUAUAGACUUUAUGAAUUUACUGAUGAGGUACAUAUUUUCCUGUCUUCCAGGAAAAGUUCGAACUCCUGGCUGAGCACCGGCUGGUUCACCAUGGCCAUCGCCCUGGAGCUGUGUGAUCGGAUCAACGUUUAUGGCAUGGUGCCUCCUGAUUAUUGCAGGUAAAGACACUUUUUUUUUAAGAUUGAGAAUUUAGUAGUAUUAAUACACCAGUAUUGAUAUGUGUGCCUUUCCUGGUCCAAAGAGAGCAUCUGAAAUGUGUGCUUAGGUUAAGGAACAAAACUUUUUACUUUAUCUUAAACAUCAACUUUUAGCCAAAUGUCAUGAGCUGGUGACAGCACAGGAGUAAUCCAGUGAAUUUAUACCACUGACUGUUAGAGUGCAUGUCUCCACCUCCUCCCAUGAUACAUUAAAGAUGCCAAAACUCAUACUGUGGUUUUAACCAAUCUGCACAGUAGGGAUCAUCUCUUGAAGCUCACCUAUUAACAGCAAACAUCCUUAAAAUAACUACAGACCACAAAGUAACAGCUAUCACUUUACUCAUCAAUCUUUAUCGUACCGAUAUGACAAAAUAAAAAUAAAGACAAUGAGAGAAAAAUACAUGAUGAUGAUAAUUGCUGUGAUAGUAAAGAAAAUUUAUCUACAAUACACAUACAACGCCCUAUUAAAAAAUAGACAUUAUCAAAAAAAAGAUGGAUAUCUAAAUAUAAUAAAACAUGUUUAUUUACAUUGUCAAGUUUAAAGAAAACAGGAGGUUUUAUGAGAGAUGCAGGUUUUGUAUGAAUUCGAGGAAAGGAGACUGGGUCACAGUAAAUCUUUUAUUACCUUUGGCUCUGCUGUAUCUCAGUUUUUCUCGCUGGAGCAUAGAGAGCAUUUCCUAAAUCCAGCUGUUAGAUGAGGGAAGAUUUAUCUGACCUCCACUGCAGAAAAAUAAGUCUUAGAGACAUUAGUACGGCAAAAGUAUCAGCCCUUGAUGGUGAUCUAGGAAUACAAACCCGUGAAAGUUUGAAUGCACUCUAAGUGAAGUUACCAAAACUCCCUGGAGAAUUCAAUGUUUACGUCCAGUUUUCAUGUCAAUUUUGUUUUUUCCUAGCACCUUGAGUCAUGGUGUAGAUUCUAGAAAUAUCACCUGUUCUGUGAGGAUUUCAGGUCAGUUUAUCAUUAACAAUAUUCUUGGUCAGUGAAUAUCGGAGGCUAAAGUGUCUACUAACAGCCUCUGGUUUGCAGAAAUCCAAAAAAGUGAGUUUUAGGCACACUGUACUUUGUUUUUUAGUGUUGAACCACAGGACCGGAGGAUAUGGACCUGUUAAUGUUGUAGAACUAAACAAUGAAACAAGACAGACUGAAAAAUUGUUCAUCGAUUCCAUACCAGCCCAGACCCUGAUUAUUCCCAAAAUAGAUAUCUAGUGUUUUACUUUACUUAAACAUUUUUAUUUAUGUCCCAACUUUUAAGAGGAAGGAGGUUUAUGUACUAUGAGGGAGCUCUUAAUGGUUUGGUUUCACUGUCAGGAAUGUGUCAAUUUGUCCAUCUCUUUAUUUGAUUUAUUCUUGAUGUGUCAGCUUAUUCACCCAUCUAUACACACUUGCACAGAUUCACAGUUUCAACUGUGAACACUUUGUUAACGGAAGAUGAAAGGUACACACACUUUUGCUCUCCUCCGAGUCUCAAUGAAAGUCAGUCUCAAAAACUACUCCAGUAGUCUCGUCAGUUUGGUUGUGACUUCAUCCUUAGCUUUGCUACUCCAAGCUCAAACCUGCGAUGUCUGACUGACUGAACCAAAACACUGAUGUUGUCACCUUGAACCAACAUAGUGAGCUGACGGACACUAUAAUAUUCUGUGUAGCAGAGGUGUGCUGAUGAGCUGACUUUAUUAAUAAUGAAGUGAGGGUUGUUUUUCAAGUGAAGGCUGGUUUUAACCCAGUUCCCGCAGUCUAUGAAGUGUUCUUGUGUAAGACACUUAACCCCAAAUAGUUCCUGGUUGUAUAGCCAGCAACACAUGUCUGACUGAUGGAACAUGUGAGUCAGGUUAGCUACUUUGUAUGGGCCCUUUACAAAGCAUCCUCUGCCAUCAGUGUAUAAGUGUGUUUGUGCAUGUGUUAUUCAGGCAUGAAGUGAAAAACACAUUUUUAGAGCUCAAAAGACUGAGAACAUGCUACAUCAGUUUUGCACAUUUAAUAUUCAAAGAUAACAAGUGUUGUAUCCAUGACAAUGUAAAAGAAAUAAUGAAUAAAUAAAUAAAUAAAUAAGUUAAAAUUCUAAAACUAUGCUUGAAUGCUAAAAAAAGUCUAAUAAAAUAUGUAGUAAUAUUAAUACACAUUUUAAAUUAUAAAUGAAAACAUUUUAAAAUAACUUUUUUUUACUAAUCCUAGCUUUCAAUUUAUGCAGAAAAAAGAGACAUAAAUCAUCUCAACAGAAGAAUUAAGUUCAUUUUUUGGUAUUUUUUAGUUUCCUAGCAACAUAAAUGAUUCAGACCAUCUGUAUGUCAACAAUAAUGUGUCCUUGACUCUCUGGUCAAAUAUGCAGGUGUGUGACUUUUAUCUGAAGGAAUCACAAGUUUAUACAAAAUGAAAAAUGAAAAGCUCACUCAGACUUUCAGUUAUAUUCACAAUAUAUUUAUAGUACCUUUGUUGAAAGCAAAUUGCUCAAAAGUAAGAGAAUACAUGGGGUUUUGUUUUAAAAUGCCUAAAUAUUCACUUCAGGGGGGAAACAGCAGGAACGCCCUUUAUAACAUAUAACACUCAUUUAUUCAACACACAUUAAAUGCCACAUCCUCAUAUGUUUCAUAUGUUAAAUUAUACAUCCAAGACAAGUUGUCAUUGAAACUCCUCAUCCUCAAGACUCUUAGAUGUUCCCUUUGAGCUUAUAGAUGAUAUAUGCUGUCUUCUGUUAGCGUGUCAGUUGACUAUGGUUUUAUAGCACUCUUUCAUAACUUCUCACCACUCAAAGCGCUUUAAACACCGAUUGCAUGUCACAUCUUACCCGGGAUUUCCACCGCAUCUGGAACGGCUCCAAUCUGGAACCGCGGCGAUUUUCGCCACACACCAAUUCCCACUGGAUCCGUUUGUGAGACGAAUUUCGUGGCAGAUUACAGACGGUGGUAAUCGCGCGAACUCACAAGAACCGACGGAUUCACGCGCAAUCGCACAAUAACGAGUUGUCUCUUAGCCACAGAGGCUAACCAUAUAAGCAGUAGAUUGUGUCCUUCCAGAGGAGGAAAUCUACUUCUAGACUUAUAAAAUCAGCAUCUCCUCAUCCAUGGUGUCAUUGGGGUGAAAUGCUGUUUAAAAACUUUUCACAUGUUCGUCUCCGCCCGUUUGCACGGCGUGAAAUACGAUCUGCCUGAAUCAUGUGGCUGUUUUAUUUUGUGUCUGUGCCCGACACUCUGUGCUAAAUUUAUGCGGUGUGCUCCGGUGUCCGGAAAAAAUAGAACUCUUGCGAUCAGCUGACACCUUAACUUGAAUGGUUACGGUCAGCUACGAUUGACAGAUACGGCCUUUUCGUAGCCAUUUCGGAUGCGGUGGAAAUUGCCCGUUACUCAUACACUGAUUGCGGAGGCUGAUAUGUAAAGCAUCACUCAUACACCAGCCAGUAGGGGCAGGUUGAGGUCAAGUGUCUUGCCCAGGGCAUGUGGACCUCGACCUUCUGAUUGAGUGAUGACUGAUUCUACCGCUAAGCCGCCCCCAGCUCUGCUCUUUGAUUUACUGCAUGCUGAUAACAUGGACGUGUUUCUACAUCAAAAUCUUGUCUGGUGUAUCUUUAUAGAUAACUUCUUCUUGCUUUACUCCCUGCUGUGACAUCCUCAGGAAUCUGAAAUUGCCAUGCAUUCAGGCUGGUGAAUGACUUUGAUUUUAGCACCAGUGAAAACAUUUUACAUUAAAAUAUAACAAAUUCCACAAAUAAGGUUGAAAAUAUAUGUACGCCUGUAUAAAUGCAUGAAUAACAGAGGGAUAAUUUCGGUUACAUUGUUCUCACAUGAAUCCACAAGUAUGCAAAUGACAGUUUGUCACGUUUGGAUAUUCACAGUGAAAAGCAGUGCAGAUUGAAGUGACUCUCAUGUGGCUGAACCUUCAGCUCUGUGGGACUGAGAGCAUCAGAGGAUUAAGAUGGUGUAGAAUGAACUCAUCUGCGAGCCCAUAUUCUUCUGAUCAUCCUGUUUUCCUUUGUUCCGUCUCCAUUUUCCUCCCUACUGUGCCUCUGCUUCUUCUUCCCUCUCCCCCACACUCAUCCCAUAAUUAUCCUCUCUAUCUCCACAUCCCUCCCUCUCACUUUGACUUUCCUGAUUUUUUUACUCCUCUCUCCUCUACGGCUCCUUUGUAGAUCCUUCUCACAUCCUUCCGUGCCGUAUCAUUACUACGAACCCUCAGGGCCCAAUGAGUGCACCAUGUACCUCUCCCAUGAGAGGAGCCGGCGAGGGAGCCACCACCGCUUCAUCACGGAGAAAACAGUGUUUGCAAACUGGGCUCGAACCUCCAACAUCCACUUUUACCAGCCGGACUGGAAGCCCGGAAACCUGACUGCUGUCAUCCCCGGCAUGAACAGCUCGUCCACUCCUGUUCCUGCUGGAUCCUGAGAUUUGACUCCAGAGACCAUCAACUCCAGUGGUGUAGAAUAUGUGCGUGGACGUUUUCCAGCACGCAGAUUCUCGCUCUGGCUGACAUGAACGCAUGAGACAGCAGUAAGACAGAACAAGCCUCUGUUGUGGCUCUUAGCCGGCCGCCUAAGCAGCUUGGCAGAAUGGGAUCAUUGCAUAAAAGCAGCACAAAGCCUCAGCGAUGUUUUGGAAGUGUAGCUGUAAUAGGAUGAAUUUCGUACUGGAAUCAAAGCCACAGAAGUUGGCUCAGUUUUCUUUUUUUUUACUCUAAAGAGCUGCUUUAAUAACACUUGAGCUUUAAGAGAGGGGACAGACACUGAGACAGAACAACCCUGCAAUAAAUGCAGACUGAAUCCUAAUGUGUUUAAACUGAUUCAGAUUGACUGGAGAUACUGACGUCAGAUGAUCUGAGAAGACCCUUUUUUUCACCUACGUCUGACACUGAUUGACCAAGUAUUUGUUUAAGAUAAAUAAGAUGUUUUAUGAGGCCCAACAUUACAUUUUCUAACCAUUAUAUUUAAACAUCUUCUUUCAAUGAUAUAGUUUUUACUGUACAGACAAUUCUGUCAUUACAUAGAGAAAUUGAUGCAGUUGUGACAUAAAGACAAUUCAGAUUCAGAUUCAGACAACUUUAUUUAUCCCCUCAGGGCAAUUCUGUUCGCAGUUACCCUGCCGUUUGAUCCAUACAAACACACAAAUCAGCAGACAAACAAACCAGACAAGUGCAAGACGUUAAUAGCGGCGACAACCCCAUUCCCUUGUCAGUACUCACAGAUCAGCUGGAUCAGCAAUAAAUAGCUAAAUAAGUACAAAAGCUGUCAAGUUCCACAGCGCAAUGGUUAAAAUACAAUAAGAUCCACAGUAUGAGACACAAGAUAAAAAAUAAAACAAAUAAAACACUCCUAAAGCUCCAGUUCAGCACAGGCCACAUAUGACCAUCAGCCUACUUUCCGGCAUUUAAAAGCCUGAUGGCUGAGGGGAUAAAAGAGUUUGAGUAUCUGUUCGUUUUCCUUGGGGGUGCAUAGUAGUGCCACCUAGAAGGCAUAAAAAGAAAAUCAGAGAACAGAAUAUGUCCAUACACUGCUUGUAUAGAUAAUAGAACAAACCAAUCUUAUAUCUGUCAUUGAAAUCACAAACAUAAAAGAGUUUUAGUGAAUAAAAGGACUAAAUAAAACAGUUAUUUACAGUUGUUUACUGGUAUAAAUGUACAUAUGUUGUUGUGUAUUUAUUUAUUCAUGACAAAGUUUAUGGGGAGGAGAGUUUUUUCAUUGCACAAACUAAGGGGUACUAGAUUUUGUUUACAAUCCAGAGCUAACAAUGAACCAAAUUUGCUGUUUAAAUGAUAUGAAGUGGUGGUGUGCUUUUGCAAUAAAAGGAUUCUGACUCUGAUGAUUUACCUAGAUAACUCGAACAACAUAUUUCUCUGCAACAAACGAGGCAGAAAUGAACAUCUCCCAAAUUUUUCUAAGUACUAGUUUUCUCAUACUGAGCUGGAUGUGCAGCUCAUCACACUUGUUAGCUUGUAAACUUGUCUUUCUCACAUGAAAAAGAAAAUGUAAAUAACGGUGUUUUGAAAAUUUGCCUUAUGCUUGGAGAAGAAAUGUGUAUUGUCAGAAGUCUCUCUGCCCAAACAAAAAUUGCUGAAUCUAUUGUUUAUCUCAGAUCGACCCACCAAGAAUAUUUUAAUCUUUCAUUUUGUUCAGGAAACGUGACUGAAUUUUUGAGUUUUAGUAAAAGUUUAUUUUUGUCUUUGUCUCAAAAACCUGUAAAGAUCAACUUAUUCUUUCAUUUUUUUUAAGAGCAAAGAGAAAAGAAACUAAAAAAUGAUAAUGUUCUUCAUAUUAAUUGGUGAAUUAAUCAUCCUAUCAUUUCGGCACUUGUUCUGUUGGAAGAUAUAUGAGAACACUUAACGUGCAGCGAUGAUUUAAAGAGCUGCAGGACCUGGACAUAUGGUCCACUGCUGCUGCUGAUGACUGUUGAUGUGUAAUGUGGGACAGAUGGCAGCAGAGAUUUAAUUUUCUGCUGUAAAAGUUGCACGAUCUUGAAAUAAUUUUUUGGCUUAAAAAUGUAAUUACAGACAAAACGAGAUUAAAGGACCGAAGCUUUUCUGUAGCCUGAUUAUAUUCUUUGAACAGCUCUGAGUCCAACCCUGCGGGAAAUCAAAAGAACAGAAAAUGAGAAAUUGGACUGAAAGACUGCAGUCCUUUGGUCAUUUGGACGACUUGCAUGAUCCACAUAAUUGUUAAUAAAGCCCUGGCUGUAGUCCGACCCAGUGAUAAUGUAUGAAAUCAGAAAAGUCAACUCUAAAACUCCUUUUUCAACUUUUGAAAUGUAAAAGGGUGCUUCAGGUUUUUGCAAUUUCACCCAAUUUCAUUGUGCAUUUUUUAAGACGAGUUAAGGAAUAUCAAGAUUAGCUGGGAACAUUUGUGAGAUACUCUUUUCCUCCCUCACUCCCCAACAGAUGGCCCUCAGAAAAGCCCAUGUGUCUGGUACUUGAGGCCAUGAUUUGUCCUCUCAUAGAAGCCAAAUGCAAUUAAAGCCAGAACCAGCAUUUAAAGGCAUUCUCAGCUAGUCAACCACCAUAAUACUUAUACAAAUGAUUACAUCAAAGUGUCCUAAGAGGCCUUUUCAAUCAUGACCCGCAGACUUAAGUAUCAGCCUCUUCAGCAUACAGAGGAGAGCUGGUUGUAAGCAAGGGAUUAGACUGUGCUAUCCAAGCGUAUCUCCAGGGCGAUGGAAGCAGCACGACUUCUGCAGAAUAAAGGAUGUGUCGUCCUGUGAAAAAGAAACUGACUUCUGCCUGUUCCCUGUGUUCAGUUUGAUUUUACUGCAAGCGUCUGUACUCCGGUUGAAUGUUAAUGUUGGACUGCUCUCAGGUGCACUGAGAAGCCCGAGCCGUGCUGGAUGUCAUGCUAAGUGCACUGGCUGCUCCUGAGAUCUGCGCUGUGUGCCCUGCAAACCAAUUACUGCGGCUUCAGGUAGAAAGGUGGGAUUUUAAAGGCUUCAAAGGACAAGCUGGCAGCAAAUGAGCCUGCUGUGGCUGUUUGAAACAAGCCAGAGGGGGCACUGUGAUUCCCAUUGACCUUGAAAAGUCGAGGACAUAAACACUGAUACUGAGGUGCUUGGAGACUGAAAGCCGUUUCAUAGACUUUAGGUAAAACUGAGCUUUGUGGGCUCCUGAUGCGCAAUGAGAAUUUCUAAAUUUGAGUGGGACUGCAAGACAUAAAUUAUUCAAAACCUAAAUAAAGGGCUCAACAUUUUAGAGUGGGUCUGUUCCCAUAAUCCUCUAAAGAAUUAUCACGCUAGUUUUUGAGGUGCAGGUUAACUUCAAACUCUUCUCGUUUUGCAGAUUUGAUUUCCAAUUCAAAGUGUAAUCUGCAGUAAGGUGUCUAGAUUUUAGUUUGGGGAAUGAUCAUGGUGGUGGCAUUGACCAAUCAGGCAGAAUUUAGAGCAAAAGUAGGAGGGAACUGCUGUAAUGACAUCCAAGUCUCUGUCUGACAACAAUGUAUUUCUAUCUAUUGAAAGAUCACUGCAUGCAAGUGCUACUAUCAAUCUGUACUUGAUCAAAAAUUUCAACUGCAGCAACAAAUAUGAUUGUUGUGAAACUCAAA